UGACAUUGUUCCCCCCACACACAACACCAACCGCAAUGUAAUCGUCUACUCCCCCAGACUGCGACUACAAGUCCAGUUUUCCCGAUCUCAUUCCUUCUCUCCAUUCCUCCUUCACUCCAUCCUCCAUCAUGCCUUUCAACACCGAGCUCACCCGCGCCCUGGGCAUCAGAGUCCCCGUUGUCCAGGGAGGCAUGCAAUGGGUUGGCUACGCUGAGAUGGCCAGCGCCGUCAGCAACGCCGGAGGACUCGGUCUCUUAACAGCCCUCACCCAACCCACGCCCGAAGACCUCCGCAAGGAGAUCCGCCGCUGCCGCACCAUGACCAAGAGCCCCUUCGGCGUGAACCUGACGCUCCUCCCCGCCAUGGUCCCCCCCGACUACGCCGCCUACGCCCAGGUCAUCAUCGACGAGGGGAUCAAGAUCGUCGAGACGGCGGGCAACAGCCCGGGCCCCGUGAUCCGGCAGCUCAAAGCGGCGGGCACCACGAUCCUACACAAGUGCACGACGAUCCGGCACGCGCAGUCGGCCGUCAAGCUCGGCGUCGACUUCCUCUCCAUCGACGGCUUCGAGUGCGCCGGCCACGUCGGCGAGCACGACAUCACCAACUUUAUCCUCCUGAGCCGCGCCAGGCAGACGCUAAGCAUCCCCUUUAUUGCCUCGGGCGGCUUCGCGGAUGGUAAUGGUCUUGCUGCCGCGCUCGCGCUCGGCGCCUGCGGUAUCAAUAUGGGCACCCGCUUCAUGGCUACCGUUGAGGCGCCUAUCCACCAGAACAUCAAGCAGGCCAUUGUCGACGCGCAGGAGACGGAUACCGAGCUCGUCCUCAGGCGGUGGAGGAAUACAUCCCGGCUCUUCGCCAACAAGGUCGCUAAGGCGGCUGUUGCCGUCGAGAGGACGAGCCAGACGGGCAAGUUCGAGGAGGUGGCUGAGUAUGUGAGCGGAAAGCGGGGACGGCAGGUCUUCAUCAAUGGCGAUAAGGACUUUGGCGUCUGGACGGCCGGCCAAGUCAUGGGUCUCAUCCACGAUAUCCCCACGUGCAAGGAGCUCCUCGCCCGCAUCGAGCGCGAGGCUGUUGACGCUUUGAAGAAGAAUCUGGCUCUGUACGAGCCUGAAGGGCCCGUGGAAAAGAGCAAGCUAUAGAUAUGUUAAGAUGUUGUUGCGUUCGAGCGAUAUAUUCAUAGACGCAUAUAGCGAGCGUUUUGGAAGAUAUCCUGAAGACUUGAUAUCCUGAAGAAUUGAUAUCCUGAAGACUUGAUAUCCUGAAGAAUUGAUAUCCUGAAGAAUUGAUAUGCUGAAGAAUUGAUAUCCUGAAGAAUCGAUAUCCUGAAGAAUCGAUAUCCUGAAGAAUCGAUAUCCUGAAGAAUCGAUAUCCUGAAGAAUUGAUAUGCAUUUGGGCC